AUGUGCUGCGAAGCAUAUUUAAGACAUUGACAGGGGACUGUUCUGGACCAGAACAUUUAAAUGAGGCUGACAUUGAUGAACGAGUGAAAGUUGCUAUAUCGGCUGAGGAUGAGGACAUUGUCAUGGACCUACGUCACACCAACACAAAUGCAAGUGACAGAUUUCAAGUGUUUUUUGAUGCAGUUGAAACUUACCUUGCUGACAGGACAGCAGUCCAAGAGUGAAGACACGGAGACUUGACUUACCUAGCCAAUGCAAUCUCUUUCCGUGACCUGCAUGCAGAGGUCUCCAAGAAGGUACCAGAGGGGACUGCCAUCCCAAGUGUUCAAUGGUUAAAAUGGCAAUUCCAGCCACGUCAUCCAAACACCAAGGCAGGAAAAUAUUACAAAUGCAGAAUGAACAUAAGGAUGAUGGUACAGAAACGUCUGUUCGGGAAGGACCAUCCUGGUGCUCAUUACUGUGCUGCCAUUUGGCGCUACAUGAGGGAAAUGGCCGUAUCGAUGAAAAAGGAUGCCUUGUUGAUCAGCAUGUACGACAAGCAUAAGGUGAAGGUCGGCGAGCCAGGCUUUCCUGUGGCUGCUGCAGAGAGAGGCAAACAAGUCUUGGUGGGACCUGAAGAAAUAGCUGCAGUGGGAGACCACGACUUCACUUGCAUAUCAUUGAUUGAUAUCCCCGAGACUAUGGAAGGUUCCUUUUACAGAGGACAAGUCCACAUUGGUGUGAAGGACGCAGUUUUCCAGGCAUCCAGCCCUCUACGCCAUGCUACCGAGCUCAAGAACAUCUUGGAUAAUGAAGAUAUGGAGAAACACAUUCUCUUCCUGUAUACAGAUGGAGGCCCUGAUCACCGCCUGACGUAUCUGAGUGUGCAGCUAUCACUCAUCGCCAUUUUCCUGGAGAUGGACCUGGACGUCCUGAUAGCUGCUCGCACUGCGCCUAACCAUUCCUGGGCCAAUCCCGUUGAAAGGAUCAUGAGCAUUGUAAACAUUGGCUUGCAGUGUGUUGGUGUUAUGCGCCAGAAGGGUUCCGAGGAGUCUGAGAAGAAAAUUGGUGAAUAUACUUUUUUUUAUUUCUUUUUUUCUUUACAUGUAGUAUGGCAACUGAAAAUUAUCUGUUUUGUUACUGUUUGUUAUGUGGCCUCACUAUGUAACAUCUCCCAAAUCGGGGAAUUAUUUACAGUGCAAACACGUCACAGUCAUUCAUCUCAUUUACUCAAUGAAUAAAAUCAUAGAACAUCGAUUAAAUUCUGAACGAUUGAGUGAAUAUCGUCUCUUUAAUAUGGUGACAUAAAUUAAAUUAACUUUACUUUGUAACUUCUGCUUAACACCAUUGAUUUUCAGAAAAAUGCAACAACUUG